UGGAACGAGGGGCCGUGUGGCCGGCGGGUUCGGCCUCGGGAGGUCGGCGGCCGCGGUCCCGCUCCCAGCCCGUGUGCUGGCCUUGCGGUGCGGAGCCUGUGGUCGCGGAGCGGAGCCCAGCGGCGGCGCAGGAUGAUCCGUAUUGCAGCUUUAAAUGACACCACAGUGGUGGAAGACCAUGAGGAAUCCUUCAAGAGCCACAAAACUCAAACAAAAGAAGCUCAGGAAGCUGAAGCAUUUUCCCUGUACCACAAAGCAUUAGAUCUACAGAAGCAUGAUCGCUAUGAAGAAUCUGCAAAGGCUUACCAUGAGCUACUGAAUACGCAGCUGUUGAAAGAGGCUGUUUUAUCAGGAGAUGAGAAUGAAGUUAAACACCCAGGUUUGAUGUUGAAGUAUUCUACCUAUAAAAACUUGGCUAGUCUGGCUUCAAAGGAUGACCCGAGUACAGCAAUGGAAUUUUAUCUGGAGGCUGUAAUGUUGGAUUCUACUGAUGUAAAUCUCUGGUAUAAAAUAGGAAGAGUGGCACUAAAAUUGAUUCGAGUUCCUUUGGCUCGCCGCUUUGAAGAAGGACUGAAGUGUAAUGCUGAUCAUUGGCCGUGCCUGGACAAUCUUAUCACAGUGCUAUACACACUUAGUGAUUACACCAAUUGUCUAUAUUACAUAUGCAAAGCAUUGGAGAAGGACUGCCGGUACAGCAAGGGCCUAGUUUUGAAAGAGAAGAUCUUUGAAGAACAGCCUUGCUUGAGAAAGGAUUCUUUUCGUAUGUUCUUGAAAUGUGAUAUGUCCAUUCAUGCAUUGGAUGUGGAUCCAGCUGAGGCUAGGGCUGUGAUUGAGGAAGCUCUUGAGCUACGCAGAAAUAAACAGGCCUUGGCAGUUCAAGAUGAGGAGCCGGAUCUUCAGCUAGCACAACCAAUCUCUCAAUUCACGUGGACGUGCCUGGGUGAGAGUUUACUGGCUACGUACAUAAACUUGACAUCAUCUGAGCCACCUCACCCCGGUCUUGGUAGGAUGAUAGAUCUUUGCAUGUACAGAGAUCCUUCCCAGCAUCUCUUGACAUCACCAACAGGCACACCUGUCAGUGUCAUCCCAGCCCAACCCGACGACCUCCAGUCCUGCACCAGUGGUGACAACACCAACAAUGCCAGCACCAGCCACUGUUACACCAGCUGCUCCAACUCCUAUUCCAAGCGUGGCAGAAGCUGUUGUAAGUCUUUGAUCAUGGACAAGGCUAAGAAAGGCUCCAAGAGGAAGCGGAUCACUGACGAGGCUGGUGAACCAGCUAAGAGGCGCUCUGCCCGAGUGAGAAACACCAAGUGUAAGAAAGAAGAGAAAAUUGAUUUUCAAGAACUGCUGGUCAAGUUCCUGCCUUCAAGGCUGAAAAGGGUAGAACUGGAGGAUGAAGAAGAUGCUUUCAGCACCUUUGAAGUACAGACCGAACUGAAAAAGGAAAGUCAACAACUAAUGGGCCCUUAUAGAAUGCAAUUUGAUCCUUCAUCUUUCAUGGAAUUUGAAAAGCAUGAUGUUCAUAAGUUCUUACUGAACAAUCUGAAGAAUGGAGGGAUACUGGAUCUAAUGCUAAAAUAUUUGAAGGUACUUGGUCAGAAGUUCUUGGCAAAAUGGCCACCUAGACUGGCAGAGGUUGUUCUUUCAAUCUACAACAGCUGGAGGAAACACUGCAGCAGUCUGCCCAAUCCUAUCCUGAGAGAGUGCAGCAACCAGCAUAUCAAGGACAUGAUGGUGAUGUGUCUGGUAUGUAUGGAACUACAGCUUGAUCAGUGGCUUCUGACCAAGUCGAAAAGUACCACAGUGUCCCCUCGGAAAUGUACCUCCAGCAACACAGCCGCGCAGCUGGGUCCUGACUUUCCAGGAAGCCAUUAUUUGGGGGACCUGAUUCAACUGGCCUUCACUUCCUCGCAGAGAGAUCUGUUCGAGAAUGACUGGCUGGUUUUUGUUGUUCAAGUGUACUGGUUAAAAGCCCGAUUCAUGGCAUUGCAGGGUGAUAUGGAACAAGCUCUAGAGAGCUAUGAUAUCUGCACUAGUUUGUUUUGCAGUUCAAUGGGGAUUAAGGUGGGCAGCAGGAAUGGUGAUGGUUUCACCAUCAGACUGCCGAAUUUACACGUGGAUUCCGCCAUAUCGCUAGAAGAGAUUGAUAAAAAACUCAAGUCGCUUGAGAGGUGCCAGAGCCUAGAGGAGGUUCAGAGACUGUAUGAAAUGGGUGAAUAUGACCAGGUUGUGAAGCUGUUGCGACCCACGUUGUCCCUUGGUGCAAUUGGCAGAACAAAGCCCCUCGAAUUUGUUACAUCCAUCCCUGAGCGACCUGCUCAGCUCCUCCUGCUGCAGGACUCCUUACUAAAGCUGAAAGAUUACAGGCAGUGCUUGGAGUGUUCUGAAGUUGCACUGAAUGAAGCCAUUCAACAGAUGAACAACGUAUCAUCUUCAUCCUCAAAGGAAGAGUGGGUUUCAACAGUGACUCAGCUGUUGACUGGGAUCGACUACUCUUUGUCUGGUGAUAGCAGUAUCCUGGAGGAGCAGGCUAUGAACCCUUGUUUUGUCAGAUUUGCCAACAAUCUCAUCCAGAUAAUUGACAACAGCAUGGGGAUAGCAGAAGAUGCCAAAGAACCCAAUGUGUCAUCAGUGCUGCCUUGGAUAACCCUCUACAGAAUCAUAAAGCAUGAAGAGGAGGAGUUUGACACGCUCCGGCGUCAGCAUUGUAAGAGUGAAGACUCAGAUCCUGAAACUCCAAUGCUGCCUUCGUCUCUAAUGUUACUGAACACAGCGCAUGAAUAUCUGGGACGGAGAUCCUGGUGCUGUAACUCUGAUGGAGCGUUGCUUAAAUUCUACGUUCGAGUUCUUCAGAAGGAGUUGUCUGCUUCAAGAGCUGAAGAUGCUCACCCUUUCAAAGAGGAACUUGAGACUGCACUUGAACAAUGUUUUUACUGUCUCUAUGCCUAUCCCAGCAAGAAAAGUAAAGCCAGAUAUCUGGAGGAACACUCUGCUCAGCAGGUUGAACUGGGUUGGAAUGAUGCAGAGUUUAUGUUUGAUUAUUUCAAACCCAAGAAUUACCCAGAAUUCGACAGUUACAAGACUAGCACUGUGUCCGCAGAUUUGGCAAAUCUCCUGAAGAAGAUUGCUGCAAUAGAUCGUGACGAGGAUAAUCUACCUCUCUCAAUAGAGAGUGUCACAGCAUAUAUUGAAGGCUCUGUUGACACGGUGCCAGCGCUCCCUGAAGGAACGGAUUCUGGGCUUCCUCUUGUCAAUGAAUUGUAUUACCUCUUGGCUGAUUAUCAUUUCAAGAACAAAGAACAGGCCAAAGCUAUUAAAUUCUACAUGCAUGAUAUCUGUGUCUGCCCAGGCAGGUUUGAUUCAUGGGCAGGCAUGGCUCUGGCUCGAGCCAGCCGUAUCCAGGACAAGCUGAAUUCAAAUGAGCUGAAGAGUGAUGGACCUAUCUGGAAACACUCAGUUGCUGUUCUGAACUGCUUUAAGCGGGCACUUGAGAUAGACCACUCCAAUCUCUCACUCUGGAUUGAAUAUGGCUCCAUGUCAUAUGCACUGCAUUCAUUUGCUUCACGCCAGCUAAAACAGUGGAAAUUGGAGUUGCCGUCAGAAGUUGUACAACAGAUGGAAGAAAGAAGAGACAGCAUGCUUGAGACAGCCAAGCAAUGUUUCCUAUCAGCAACACAUUGUGAAGGUGAUGGCGAUGAGGAGGAGUGGCUCAUACACUACAUGUUGGGUAAAAUAGCAGAAAAACAGAAACAGCCACCAAAGGAAUACUUGGAACAUUACAAGCAGGCAGCACAUAACCUACAUGAGGAUGCAGCGCAUUACCCACGGAAGAUCCAUUACCACAAUCCACCAGAUCUAGCAAUGGAGGCUCUGGAGGUGUACUUCAGACUUCAUGCCUCAAUCCUCAAACUGCUGGAGAAGGACGAAGUGACUGUGGACUGUGAGAUGCUCUUCAGCUACAUAAAAGAGGCAGCGCAUGGACCUUUUGCCAGAGGUGAAGAGAAGAGUACUUUUAAAGUCAAUGAGAAGGAAAAGUCCUGUACAAAUGAUGAUGACUCCCAUUCUUCUGUUGGAACCAUGCAAGGUCAAGGAAACCUUACCUCAGGUCCAGGUCUGACAUCCCCACCUUACACAGCCACUCCGAUUGACCACGAUUACGUCAAACGUAAAAUCCCCCAUCAGCAGGCUUCAAUUGAUGGGGCCACCGUGACCCAAAGGAUACAGGGGACAAAGGCUUUUGACUCCCACUAUAGGAAGGCUAUGAAGGCUUUGGAGAGGGUUCUUCUCAGAAAAUCAGCUUCCAUCCCUCCACAGAAGCUGGAAGAGUGCCAGCUGUUUACUGAAGGAGGAGGACAUCUCGGAUGGCCUAGAAUGGAAAGCCUCAUCAUGGGAACAGAUGCGGCCGAGGCGGAGGAACUGGGAGAAGGGGAUGGCGUCCUUGCGAGUGACUGGAUGGGAAGAGAGAGGAGUCAAGAUAGCGUGAUUUUGGUACUCUCUGAUUCUAGCUCAACACAGGAUGUCUUCACAGAUGCAGCCAGUUCCCAGGACAGUAGCAAGAAAGUUCACUCUGGUAAAGGUAGUCCUUCAUCUUCCUCAACUGUGGAGGCUACUGUAUUAUCCAGGGAGAGCCAUGGAAAACUAGAGGAAGAAGAUUUUGGGUUACGGAUGUCUUCAGAGGAUUGCAGAGGAAGCAGUGCAGAGAUUACAGAAGCCAUUGACGCUUUGACUUUGAGGUUGGCAGAACGUACAGGUAACAGGGCACCCAUGGAGAACACUGUACCAUCAAGGGAGAAUUAUAGGAAGUUGGAGGAAGAGGAUUCUGUGGGACGAGUCUGCUCUGAGCUUUGUAGAGGAAGCAAUGUGGAGAUCAGUGAAGGCAUAGAUGCUCUGGCUUUGAGACUGGCAGCACAAGCAGGGGCAAAAUUACACACUGAGACACAGUGUCAGAUUAGUAGCAUUAGCACUGCUAUUGUCACUCCCACCAGGACCACCACCUCAUCUCUCUGUGACUCAAAAAAGAAAACAACUGAACCAUCAGGGGAUAUGAAAGACACCUACAGAUUGGAGGACCUCCCUCAGAGCCUGCCAGGAGACGAGAAGGAGCAGCGUCGAGUAUUGAUCGAGCAGUGUAUUAGAGCCCUGCAUCUGUGUCUCAGUCGAUUCCCUCAGCACUACAAGAGUCUCUACAGACUGGCAUAUCUAUACAUCUAUAGCAAAACACACAAGAACCUGAACUGGGCUCGAGACGUGUUACUAGGCAUCACUGUUCCAUGGCAACAGUUGAAGCAUAUGCCAGCACAAGGACUCUUCUAUGAGAGGAACAAGACAAAUUUUUUUAAUGGAAUCUGGCGUAUUCCUGUGGAUGAAAUUGACCGUCCUGGCAGCUUUGCCUCACAUAUGAACCGUUCAAUUGUUAUCUUACUGGACGUUCUGUCACAACUGAAGGACCAUAAUACACUGUUGAGAGUAUCUUCCAUGCUUCAAAGGACACCUGACCAAGGAAAAAAAUAUUUGCGUGAUGUGGAUCGUCAAGUGCUUGCCAAGCGGGCGUUAAUUUUCACAGUAAAGGUGCUUGAGGACAACUUAAAGGAAUUAUCUGGGGUAUCCGAAGACCAGGUUCCAAAAUCAAUAGUUUCUCCAAUGGGGGAGAUGACAUCGGAUGUUUCAAACAAGCCAAAUGCUGAGGAGCACAAAGGUGUUGUGGCAAAAAAGCCCACCAUCUCUGAGGGGCCGCUAAAAAACUCAGAAAAUGGAGUAAAGGAUAUUCCAAGGGACCAAUCCCCCAAGUCUAUGGAGAUGGAGCAAGGGGACAAAAAUGAUGCAAUUAUGGGUGAGCUCAGCAAACCGUGCACUGGCGCAGAUGAACCAAUGGAACUUGACAGCUCUGCUGCACAAGGAAAAUUGGAUUUUUCGUUCAGGCCUCCUGGUGGUUUGGAUACGGACCACAACAAAACUGUUGGCCUUACUGAGGGAAAGGGCCCUGAAUGCAAACCUGCUGAACUUUCUUUGGAGGAGCUGAGCAUCAGUUCAAAACAGCAGGGAUCAACAGGGACAUCAUAUGUCACGGCCAGCCAAGUGGUCAGAAAAACGGGCAGGAAGAGAAAGCUCAUAGAUGACACCGAAUCUGGGAAAACUCUGCUGUUGGAUGCUUACAGAGUCUGGCAGCAAGGUCAAAAGGUUAUGACUGUUGAUCUUGGGAAGAUUGAGAAAAUCAUGUCAGAGACCUACAUGCUGAUUAAACAGGUUGAUGAAGAUGUGGCUUUGGAGCAAGCCAUGAAGUUCUGCCAACUGCAAAUGGCCACAUCAACGCAGAAGCAGGAAACGGGCAUAAUGGAUAUGGAAAGAAGGGAAACAAGCAAUAGAGUCAUGGAACAUAUAAAGAUUAAAGAGGAAGAGGUGCUUGCUGCCUUACAGCGAGUAAAGUCAGGAGAGACGCCAACCACGCCAAAGUACUCCAAGGACAGUAAGGAAAGCUUCUUCCCUUCCACAUCCAGCACCGUCUCCCCAUCAGCUCCCACUUUGACAACGCCCAGCGCAGUGGUGCCUGAGAACGUCAGGCCAGCUGAUUUGCAACCUAAGAUGAGGUUAAGCCACACGGUCCAAGGAGACGCACAAGGUGCUGAGGUCACACCACUGUCAACAGGGCGGGACACUGAGCCCCAAACUGCAGCUCCAACAGAGACGCAUUCCAGCACGGCAUAUCUCACUCAAGAUGAGGACUCAGAGGAACCUUUAGAAGAGCUAAGCUAUCGGCAUCAGGAGACUCACUUGUGCCAGCAGAUGAAAAUGGCAACUGUCGCUUCAUCCCACGAUAUAUCCCGCUGGCAGGAAGAGGGCAAUUACACUCAACAAAGUGAGGGCUCUCGUCCUGAACACUGCUCCAGUCACACUUCCAGCUCUGUAAGUGAGCCCUCUACCACCUCGGCGCCCCAGUCCUGCAAAGGGGAUGGCAGUCGGAUAAAGUCACGUGUCCCUCCAAACAUGCCAAAACUCUUCAUCCCAUCAUCUGUGGCAAAGUUUCCACCAGAGAUCACAGUCACACCGCCUACCCCUACCCUCCUGUCACCAAAAGGCAGUGUGUCUGAAGAAACCAAGCAAAAAUUAAAGACUGCCAUUCUGUCUGCACAGUCUGCUGCCAAUGUGAAGAAAGAGGCUCUGCGGCAGCCAGCACUGGAAAUCCUGGAGACGUCGAGCCAAGAGUCUUCAUUGGAGAGUGACACCGAUGAUGAGGAAGAUGACUACAUGGACAUAUGAGCGCGUGGAUUCUCAAGCCGCAGUUGUGGGCAGCCAACUGAUGAGGAUCUACAUACACUGUUGUAAAAAUAAAUGGCAGUACAAUUUCCUACAGGA